UUAUGUUUUCACUUCACCUAUCAUCUCUUGUAAAACCCUCACCAUAAACACUAACCUGUAUUGAUUUCCGAUUUAAAAAAUGGGUUCCAAAAACAAAAAGAACAAAAACAAAACACCCGACACUAAAACCAUGACGGCGGUGGUGGCGGAGAAAGUCACCGGAAAGCGAGUGUUCGGAGCAGGGAACAAGGCGAUAACAGACGAAAGAUUCUCGUUAUCGCAAUUGGAUCCGAGGUUUCAAGAAGUACCGAAACAUAAGAACAAAGUGGCAAUUGAUUCGAGGUUUAAUCGUAUGUUUACUGACAAGAAUUUUUCUGCUUCUUCUGCUAAAGUUGAUAAAAGAGGAAAACUUAAGAAUGAUAAUAAUUCUUCCAAAAAUGCCCUUAAACAGUAUUAUCGUAUCGAUGAAAACGAAGAAGUGAAACCCGAAAAACAGGUUCAGGAAUCUGAGGACGAGGAGGAAGAGGUCGAGGAGGAGGAGGAGACAGUGAAGAAGGUUGAGGAAAAGUUGUCGGAUUUGGAAAGCGAAUCGGAAUCGGGAGAAGAAGAAGUUGUGAUGGAUGAUUGGACAUCGACGGAUACGGAUGAAGACGAUGGAGCUUACUUAGAGGAAGAAACCGAAGGUGCUUUGCAGAUGGAGGAGAAUGUACCUGAAAUCGACAAGGAAACUAAUAGGCUUGCGGUCGUUAAUCUCGAUUGGAAUCAAGUCCAGGCAGUUGACUUGUUCGUUGUGUUAAGCUCAUUUCUGCCAAAAACAGGACAGAUUUUGUCAGUGUCUGUUUAUCCAUCCGAGUUUGGACUUAAGCGUAUGGAAGAGGAGGCAGUCCGUGGUCCAGUUGGUUUAUUUGAUGAUGAGGAUGAGAAAAACAAAAAAGAUGGUAAUAGUGAAACGAGUGAUGAUGAUGAGAUUGACAAUGAAAAGUUACGCGCUUAUGAGCUAAGUAGAUUAAGGUACUAUUUUGCGGUAGUUGUAUGCGAUUCAAUUGCUACAGCUGAUUAUCUUUACAAAAGUUGUGAUGGUGUUGAGUUUGAAAGGUCCUCAAAUAAGCUGGAUUUAAGGUUUAUCCCUGACUCUAUGGAGUUUAAACAUCCUGCACGUGAUGUUGCUACUGAGGCUCCAGCUAAUUACGAAGGUAUAGAUUUUCAGACUCGAGCAUUGCAACUCAGUAAAAUUGAUCUCACUUGGGAUGAGAAUGAACCUCAGCGUUCCAAGAAACUUAAAAGGAAGAUUAAUGUAGAUCAGGAAUCAGAGUAUGUAAAGGAUGAACUUGCAUUGAAGGAAUUCAUUGCUUCAAGCGAGAGUGAAACUGAUGAAGAUGAGAAUGGUGCUAACGGUGGAAAUAAUAAAAGACAAAAAACAGAUGCAUACCGUGCUCUACUUCAAUCUGGAGAUGGUUCAGAUGAUGAUGAAGAGGACGAUGGUAUGGAUAUGGAGGUGACUUUUAACACUGGUUUAGAGGAUCUGAGCAAAAAACUUCUAGAAAAGAAGGAUACAAAAUCUGAAACUGUUUGGGAUGCAUAUCUCCGUAAAAGGAAAGAGAAGAAGAAAAAUAGGAAAAAUAGAUCCAAGGAUUCCUCAGAUGAUGAGAGUGAUGGUUCUGAUGGUGAACCUGUUGAAGAUCCGGGUGAUUCCUUUGCUGGAGAAGCUGUUAAAAAGAAAACGGUGGCAUGCAGUAAAAAAUCUAAAAAACAUGAUACGGAAUUAUCAGUUGAAGAAGGUGAAGCAAGUAGAGCAGAACUUGAAUUAUUACUUGCUGAUGAUGAUGGUGGAGAUGCGAAUGUUAAAGGAUAUAAUUUGAAACGUAACAAGUCUAAAGGGAAGAAAGGAAAACAAGAUGAUGUAGAUGAGAAGAUACCAACUGUCGACUACGAUGAUCCUCGGUUUUCAUCUCUCUUUAACAGGCCCGAGUAUGCUUUGGACCCAACAGAUCCUCAAUUCAAAAGGAGUGCGGCUUAUGUGCGCCAGGUUGCACACAAGCAACAGAAGGGUGAUGUGGGUGAAAGGGAUACACCACAUAAUGACUCACCUGUAGUAGCUAAGGCUCCAGAAGUAGGAGAUAAACAUCAGAUUUCGAUGUUACUAAAGUCACUAAAAAGGAAAUCCAAGGAUUUUUCAUUGCCUUCUGAUGGUAGGAAAUCCAGAGGGAAUGGAAUAUAGCUCAGCUUUCACACAUAUCUUGAGGGAGAAUCGUUUCUGUAAGGUUGCAGUCCGACCAUGGUGGUCAGUUUUGUUUUGCCCCUGUUGUUCUCUUCGUUUAUGAUACUGUGGGUUAUAAGUUUUUGUAAUUCUUACCAUAUAUAAUCUUUUCCAGAUUCAUAAUUUCUUUACACCAGAAUUGGGAUGGUAAUUGAUAACUGCAAUAUAUGCACCAUUGAAAACGAA